AUGUCCGCCUCCACACCCCAACUCCCGCAACCUUCAAAGUUCCACCUCUACUUCGAACCCGAUCCAUAUUUCAUCCCACUGGAGGAAUACCACAAGACAUACUGGACCGUCCAAUGCGCCAUCCGUGGCAUCGAGCCUUCCGAAAACGCAGCGCCCAUGCGCCCUUGGGUCGUCAACUUUCUUGGCGGUGAAAUCCGACAGCACAUUUCCAACAUCUACUACAUCCUCCAGGACGCCCACUCGGCAGGUCUGGAAUAUGAUCUCCGCCCGAAAUCAUUGACCGCAAAGCUCGAGGAAGUUUCAGCGGCGCCGUGCCGAAGUCCAGAUAUCCUGCGCGUGAGGGCAUCGAAGCGAUUGGAGUUGAAUCGUAGCUGUCAGAAGAUGGGACUUCACCAUCAAUCGGUUGCAAUUCCUGAGAGGUUUGGGAAGAUCUGGCGAUAUGUGGUCGUCGGCAAGGUUCACGACGUGGUGAAGGAAUGGGUGAGGAUGUUGGAGAUUCCUGCUCAAGUCGAGGCGAAGGAGGAGAAGAUGGAAGCUGUGAAGAAGGCGCGCCGGGACCGGAUGGAAGAAUGGGAUGAGGUGAGACGGCAAGGUCGUGAGAGGGUCCGAUCAUCGAUUGAGGAAGCCGAGCCGGUCUGGACGGAGGCGGACAUGGGCGCAGGCAGAGAACAGCCCACGGCGAACGAAUCUUGCCUCGAUCCUGAAGCGCAUAGCCACCAGCUCGAUGCAGACGACGAGCUGGAGGUCCAGAGACCAGUUGCCGCCGCAGACUGGAUGCAACAGUCGGCUGAAGUCAGAGCUGCACUCGAUCUCGAUCGUUUUCUUCGCGGCUGCGCAACGACCGCAGAGAUGCUUGCAGUCAAUAGCACACUUCGCGACCAGAUUCGCGAUAAAUGCCGCACGGGCGGUCUUCACCCCUUCUGUAUGAAUAUUACAGCAUCGGCCGCCGAGCACGCAUCUUACGAGGGCUUAGGAUUGCAAGUGAUGAUUAUCGGGUCAUGCACGCCACAAAUCUUGCGCCUCCAGGACAUGAUCGAGAACCGCGAGCUGCCAGGGAGUAUGAAAGCAGUAUUUGCAGAGGCGCGAGUCCAGAAAGAAGCGGACGAACACAAGCAACAGGUUCAAGAGCAGGUGAACGCUGCGGACGAGCGGCGGUCGCAGGAAGACGCCGCAGCGAGGAAGCGUCUGGUGGAGAUCAAGGAGGAACGUCGGCGUCUGAAAGACGAGGCCUCGGGUUUGAAGGCGGCGCUGCGGUCGAGGGGAUGUCGAACAUCGAUAUCACCGUGA